GACCACAGCUGUGAGAGAGGGAAUAAAAACAGUAAUAGGUUUUAUUGUUUAUCUUUCUCUUUGGAUACGGCAAGCAACAUGUUAUUAAUUCCAGCCAUCUGUAAAUGAAGAACUUUCUGCUUGGAGGUGUCAGGUGUGAGAAGACUACUAACUGCAUGGAUUACAGUCAAACUACAGUACUGGAACCGUUUCCAUCUGGAUAGCACAUUUUAAGGAGUUAAUGAUAAAACGGCUUGCCAUAUAUAUGUGAUUUGUAAUUGAAAUGCGAGUGGAUUGGACGUAGAGAUGCAGGUUUACUAUUAAAGUAUCCGCGUAUCUAGAGCAUCGCAGUGCACUUCCAGAUGUCCAUAUCUGUCUGCUCGUAACAGGUGGAGCUCAUUUUACUCCAUCAGUCCGAAGUGAAGUGGCAUAUAUGGGCAACCAGGUUGACAAACUGUCACACCUAAGUUACGCCGAAGUUCCCACGACCGACCCUAACGGAUUCGACACUGAAGAAGACGUCCCGCGUAUUGGGGUCUCGUACAUUUUCGCGACGGAUGACGACGAACUGGACGAUCAUCAUGUCGAUGGAUCGGAGCAGAAUCAGGAAGAGAAGCUCUACGACAAGUGGAACGAGCUGGACUGCGCCGUUUACCAUCGCGACGAGUGUAUUUACGAGAAGAGUGUCAACGCUGCAGAUACAGAGACGUUCAGCCCGGAGAAUUUAUUGAACAAGUGUAAGCCCGGGGAUCUGCUGGAGUUCGUGUCCAUCGGGCAGUACCCGCACUGGGCUGUGUACGUCGGCGACUUUCAGGUGGCGCACCUGCACCGGGCGGAGGUCAAGAACAGUUUCCUGACCGAUGCCAGCCAGGGCAGGAGGGGAAGGAUCGUGAACGAGCUGUAUCAAUUCAAAGCCCUCAGUCCUGAUGUGGUGGUGCAGAACGCGAUGGAGCAGGUCGGGGCGAAAGACAAAGAACUGAGUUGGAGGAAUUCCGAGUGUUUCGCCGCCUGGUGCAAAUUCGGUAAACGCGAGUUUAAGAUGGGAGGAGAGAUACGCAUCGGAAAACAACCGUACAGAUUAAAGCUGCUCUUGUCUGAUAAACAGUCUCAUGUGCUGGAGUUUCAGAGUUUGGAGGAUGUGAUCAUGGAAAAGAGGAGAAACGAUCAGAUCGGUAAAGCGGCUGUUAUUCAGGAAUUGGCUCAUCAUUUGAGCAACAUCGGAAGCAGCAGGAGUGAAGCCAACGUUCAUUGACAUGCAACAGGUUGAGGAGACAUGGAGCAUGUAUCAUAACACACAACUGAUAUCUGACAUUACGCGUUAUGGUGAUGAGAAAUACAUGCAUUUUCCUUGUGAUGGAAAUUUUAAGUCUUAAAAAUGUAUUUCAAGUUGUUUGAAACAGACUGACCAUCUCUAUAAUGUAAAAUUAAGACUCUAUGAGUUCCAUAAAUAGCCAUAAAUCAUUCUGAAAGUUUUAGCACAAGAUAUUACAACAAAUGGUUCAAAAAGUAAAUUCACCAGUCUGCCCUCUUACUGAGUAAUUCCUCCUUUUCUCACUUUAUGCAUUUUAUAAGGAAAAUUAUAUUUCGGGGCUAGUUGUCACACUUUUUUACUCCAGUGAAUAUUUCUCAGGGUAGGUUUGUUAUUUGAAGUCAAUUUCUGCACUGCAACAUAACUUAAAGUCUUGGCUACAAAAAAGCUAUUAAACAUUUUCAUGGUUCUUGCCUAGGAGUAAAGUUACAGUUCACUGAACACAUGUUGACCAUUCGCGACAACUUGCCCCAAUCACCACUACCAAAACCAAAUCUAUGCCUCUCUUUAAAUCUAUGCCUGCC